AUAAAACCAUUGAACAUACCAAAACUUCUGCAAGUUACCAGGUUGUUGUGUAGAACUAAAAUAUUUAAUAGAAAAUGAACAACCGAUAAAUUUACAUGAAAUUAAGUUAUCACAAUGGAUGAUCCGAGAUUCGAAUGGGUUGGAAAACAGGUUGCUUUGGCCCUUGACAUCAAAGAACCUGAAGUUUUUGAAGAAUUACUAGAAAGAGAUGAUGGUGUCUUUGAAAGGGGUCUUGGAAAAUUCCUCAAUGACACACCAGAAGACACCGAGUCUUCGAUUCUGUUUUACAAAAUAAUCAGGGAAGAAGAAGAGGAAGUAGAAGUAGAAUGUGAGCCAGAAAUUCCAGACAUUGAAGAGGAGGAAGAGCCUACAGAGCAGACAGAGGGGGAACAGAAAGAGGCAGAGGAGGGAGAGCCACUAGGGGAACAGCCCCUGACUGUCUCUAGUCCAACGGAAGAGGAAGAAACAUCAAGGAAAGGGACUCCUUCGUCAGGGAGACGAAAGAAGCGUGCCAAAAGUGAGACCACUGAUAAGGAUGGUGCUGAUGAUGCAGCCAAGACUCCUCAGGAAGGCGAUGGAGGAAAAUCUGAGGGGGGUGACCAGGGGGAAACAGCCGAGGGUGAGGGAGCUGAGGAGGAAAACCCUGAAGACAAACAGCCCAAAACAAAAAUCAUCAUUCAAAAAGUGAUGAGGACCUAUCUGUACAUGUGCUACCAACAUCUCCCAGAGGAAGUGGCUGACACAAAGAGUGUGUACUUCUUGAGGAAUACCCCAGGGAUGGUCCCCCUCCCAAAUAGUUCAGAGGAGGCCAAUUCUGAACUCCCAGGAUACUUUGAAAUGGGUAUUCUCAAUGGCCAUUCUCUUGUUAUGCUUGAGCAGAUUAUUUCUCAGGUGUACAUGCCACUGUUGUCAUACAACCAACAUCGCAAUGGUGAGAGGAAACCUGAAGCUAGAGCUGUAAGCAGGGCAGACACCAAGGCCACAGAAGCUUCCAUGGCCGGAGAGGAAGGGGAGGAAGAGGAAAAACCCAAAGUUAAUGUGGCAGAAUCCAGAGCCAAAGCCAUGUUGAGAGAUGAGUUUCUUAUAAACAUGCAGAAAUUUGCCUCUGGAAUCAAUAGAACCAUCCAGCAGAUUGAAGGAGAAGUGAGAUUGGAGAUUCCAGAGAUUGAACUUGGUGAUUUGAAAUUGGAAGAAAUUUUGGCAGAUAAUGAUUUAAUGACAGUUAUCAAAGACUCUUGUUCUGAAUGGGCAAAGCAAGUGAGAGGUGCAUUGGAUGCAGAACUGAAGAAAACUCCACAAGGGAAAGGUCCAUUGGCAGAAAUUGACUUUUGGAGGGAAAGAAAUGCCUCUUUGAGUGCCUUGACUGAGCAGCUAAAAUUACCAAUUGUUGCUCAAAUGAUUGAAAUUUAUAAUCAAGUGGAAGUGGAUUUUACAGAUUUAAAGCCAGAGUUAAACAAGUAUUAUGUAGAGGCCAAGGACAAUGUGAGAUUUUUGUCCACUCUGGAGAGGCAUUUCAAAAAUAUAACCCAUGGAGCUACAUUCCAGGUAGUGAUAGAGACUAUUCCUUCCAUGAUGAAUGCCCUACGCAUGGUCUGGAUUAUCUCCAGACAUUACAAUAAAGAUGAACGGAUGGUGCCUCUUAUGAGCAGGAUUGCUUGGGAGUUGGCUGAGAGAGUUAGCAAAGUGAUCAACAUCAGAACUAUUUAUGGUGGGGAAGGUCCGGUUACAAACACAGAAGAAGUCAAAGUCAAAACUUCUGAGGCUAAGAGAAUGUUGGAGGUAUGGAAAGAACAAUACUUUGAGGUCCGAGCCAAAAUUGAGGCCUCUGGGCGGGACCAAAGAUGGGAGUUUGACAGAAAGAAGUUGUUUGAGAGGACAGACCACAUGGCAGUCAUCUGUCAAAACUUGUACGAUGUUGCUCAGGUUUUAGAGGAAUUCUACAAUAUUUUUGGACCUGAGCUUAAAGCUGUUACCGGUGACCCCAAAAGAAUUGAAGAAGUUUUGCUGAGAGUAGACAACCUUGUCAAACCACUGCAGGAAGUGGGAUUUGAUCCAUUUGAGAUUCAGUACAAAAACUCCUGGAAGAGUCAAAUGGAACAUUUCUACAAGCAGGUGGAGUCCAUCGAAGGCGAGGCCAAGAUGUUCAUUGAUGAAUCAUUCCAGUCUCUCAGAUCAGCAGAGGGGGCCUUUGAUAUGCUGCUCAACUUUAAGCACAUCAGAUCAAGAAAAGCUAUCAAUGAUCAGAUGAUGCAAAAAUUCAAAGAUAUUUUAGUGCAAUAUGAAAAAGAGGUGACAACCAUGGAUGAGUUGUUUCAAGCUCAGAAAGAUAAUCCUCCAUUACAUAAGAACCAUCCCCCUGUGGCAGGAGCCAUUUUCUGGGAGAGAUCAUUAUUUCAUCGUAUCAAGCACACAAUUGUACGCUUUCUGACCAUGGAAGACAUGAUGCAAAGUGAAAUGGGAAAACAUGCACGAGCAAAAUACCUUAGUGUAGCACGUCAAAUGAAGUUCUAUGAAGAUCAGAAAUAUGAAGAAUGGAGACAGAGUGUAGAGCAACACUUGCCAUCUCUGCUGAAGAGAAAUCUGUUGAUCAAGCCCCACCAUGCUGCAGAGGAAAUGAGAGCUGCUGCUCAAAAAGAGGCUGAUGAAGCAGCACACCAGCAUCAUGCAAAUAUAAACCCAGACCAAGAGCACCAUGGUGCAAAAACUGAGGGAGAAAAUCAGGAAGCUGAUCAGUCAGCUGAUCAGAGUAACCAGGCUGUGCAGCUGAAAUACUUGGUUGACUUUGACCCACAGCUGACAGAGAUCGUAUCCGAGACUAAAUACAUGGAGCAACUAGGAUUCUCUGUUCCAGAACUAGCCAGGAAUGUAGCUCUACAGGAAGAAAAGUAUAUAAACUAUGUUGAGGGUCUGCGUUUCAUGCUCAGCAGAUACCAUGCUCUGCUGUCCUCUCUGGAUCAAGCUGAGACAAGUUUGCUAGAGGACCACAUGAGAGAUCUUCGUCGAGUGAUCAGACCAGGCUCCAAGCGUCUCAACUGGAACUCCCUGGGUAUUAACGACUUCGUUCUCAAGUGUAGAAAUGCCAUUGGUAAAUUUGAAUCUCUAGUCAACCAGAUACAGAAGAAUGCCAAGGACAUUAAUCAAAGGCUGCACAUGAUUGAGUGUUGUAAUUUGUUUAAACCACCACCCCAGAAAUUCCCAGACACCCUGCCUAGCUGCAAGGAGUAUUUUGAACAUGUGGAGAGAGAAAGAGGCAAAGAUUUUGAGAUUCUUGCAAGGAAAUAUCGUGCAAUAGGACCAUUAUUAACAAAAAUGGAAGGACUUGUAGUGCACACAAAUUCUGGACGUUCUCCCAAACUAAGUGCAUAUUAUUCCUAUUGGGAGAAGAAAGUGUAUGACGCUUUAACCAAAUUAAUCAUGAGCAAUUUACGCAGAUUUGAGGUGGCGUUACGGACUAGCAAACCCUUGUUCCAGGUGGAAACUCUUCUGGCAGCUCCUGAUGUUGUCCUUCAUCCUCAAGCCAAUGAAGUGUACAAACUAACACUCCAGAGUGUGAGGGAUUGUGUGGAAGGGACAAAGUUAUUUGUAAGAUGGAUGCAAGGAACUUGCAUUGAGACUGCACCUCAAAAAAUGGAAGGUGAAGAUGAACCAUAUGUUUUCUGUUUCUUCACUGACAUUUCUGCCAAUCCUGAGAUCAUAGACUACGUCCAAACCAUUCAGACUGACAUCAAAAACACACUGACCAACAUGACGCGGUAUCUCAACAGAUGGAAGAAAUACAGAAGUAUCUGGAAAGUUGAUAAGCAAGCCAUUGCUGAUAAAUGGUAUCAAAAGGGUCCAACAGUAGUUGCUUUUGAUGACAAGUUGCAGUAUUACUACAAAACCAUAGAUGAAGUAGAAACCUUGCCUCUAGUCAAAGACCAGGAUUGUAUUCGUCUACACAUGGGACCAUUAGCUUCUUCUGUGAAGGAGCAUGCCAAACAGUGGAUCGGACAUCUUGGAAAGAUCUUGCGAGACUCUGCUAAAGAAUCUCUCUACAAACUCAGGGAUCAACUGGAUGACAAGUCAGAUGAUUUAGAGCAAACCCCGAGUUCUUUAGAAGACCUCAAGUUUGUCCUUACCACUAUAUCAGACAUCAAGAGCAUGUCUCUUGAUGUGGAAACUAGAAUCCGGGAUGUCCAGGAACGAUACAGGACAUUAUCCAUGUAUUCUAUUGAGGUCACAGAUGAAGAGAAGGAAAUUCAAGCCAAGCUGCCUCAGAUCUGGGAUGAGUUGGUUUAUAAAUCCAAGAACACUGAUGCUGGUCUCACUGUCGUCAAAACCAAGUUUACAGAGAUCACACAAACCCAAAUACAAGACUUCAAAAAAGACCUUGAGAAGUUUUCUGAAAAGUUCUAUGAUUUUGGUCCAGGUGCUGUUGGUACAGACUUAGAAAAAGGUCUUGAGUUGAUGAAGACUUUCCGUGUUGAGGUCGGUGAUUUAGAAGCUGCCAGACAGGAGCUUGCCAACGCAGAGAAACUCUUUGAUUUACCAAUCACAAUGUAUCCAAACCUCCUGGAAGUUCAGAAACAGAUGAAGGGAUUGGAAAUGGUUUACACUCUGUAUGAAGAACAGAAGGCUGCAAGAGAACAGUGGGCAGAAACAUUAUGGUCUAACCUUAAUGUCCAAGUGCUUCAAGACGGUAUUGAAGGUUUCUUAAAAAGCUUGCGUAAAAUGCCAAGAGAAGUCAAAUCCAUGCAGGCAGCCAGAGCUGUGGAAUCUAAGAUGAAAGAGUUCCGAGACUCACUACCAUUGUUUGUGGACUUGAAACACGAUGCUCUUAGAGAACGCCAUUGGAAGGAGCUGAUGAACAAGACAGGACAAAAGUUUGACAUCAAUCCUGAGACAUUUACUCUGGCCAAUGUGUUCUCCAUGGAGCUCCAUCGAUUCCAGGAAACCAUUGGAGAGAUAGUCACCAUGGCCAGCAAAGAAAUGGGUAUCGAAAAGGGAGUGAAAGAAAUUGAUGAGCAGUGGAGCAACAUGAAGUUCACAGUCCAUGCCUACAUGAAGGGGACCUCCAACAGGGGCUGGAUCCUGGGGGCAGUCGAUGAGAUCCUUCAGAUCCUUGAUGACAGCUCAAUGAACCUACAGAGCAUGUCAGCCUCCAGAUUCGUCGGGCCGUUCUUGAACUCUGUACAAAACUGGGAAAAGAGUCUGUCUCAUAUCUCAGAAGUUCUAGAUGUCUGGAUGGUAGUACAGAGGAAAUGGAUGUACUUGGAGGGAAUUUUCAUUGGAGGUGAUAUCAGAUCUCAAUUACCAGAGGAAGCCAAGAAAUUUGAUCAAAUAGACAAAAUGUUUAAAAAGAUCAUGAAUGAUGUCUACAAAAACCCAGUCAUUAAAAUUUGUUGUCAUGCUCCCAACCGACUACAAGAUCUGGAAGCCCUGAGCCUGGGACUGGAGAAAUGCCAGAAGUCUCUGAAUGACUACUUAGACUCAAAACGAAACGCAUUCCCACGAUUCUUCUUCAUCUCUGAUGAUGAACUGCUCAGUAUUCUUGGUAGCAGUGAUCCAGCUUGUGUUCAGGAGCAUAUGAUAAAGAUGUAUGACAACAUUGCUGCUCUAAGAUUCCAACAAGGUCCUAAUGGGGAGACCCUAGCCUCGGCUAUGAUCUCCGCUGAGGGUGAAGUGAUGGAGUUUCGGGAGAAUGUUCCAGCAGAGGGGCGAGUGGAAGACUGGAUGACAAGUGUACUGGAAGAAAUGAGGUGUACAAACAGACUAAUUACCAAGGAAGCCAUCUUCUUCUACUGUGCUGAUGGCAAAACAAGAGUGGACUGGAUGAUGGGAUAUCAAGGUAUGAUUUGCUUGGCUGGAAACCAAGUGUGGUGGACAUGGGAAGUGGAGGAUGUUUUCAGGAAGGUCAAGAAGGGCCAUAAAACAGCCCUGAAGGACUACGCCAAGAAGCAGCACAAGCAGAUUGGAGACCUUGUAGUGACUGUCAGAUCACCCCUCUCCUCCAACGACCGCAAGAAGUUCAACUCUGUGCUCAUCAUUGAUGUCCAUGCCAGGGAUAUCAUUGAUGGAUUCGUAAGAGACAGUAUUAUGGAUGCCAAAGAGUUUGAGUGGGAGAGCCAGCUGAGGUUUUACUGGGAGAAGGAGCCAGAUGAGCUGGUGGUCAGGCAGUGUACUGGAGAGUUUGGCUAUGGCUACGAGUACAUGGGUCUGAAUGGUCGACUGGUCAUCACUCCACUGACCGACAGAAUCUAUCUCACACUCACACAGGCUUUGUCCAUGAACUUGGGUGGUGCCCCCGCCGGGCCUGCAGGUACAGGUAAAACAGAGACCACCAAGGAUCUGGCCAAGGCUCUGGGGCUGCUCUGUGUGGUCACCAACUGUGGAGAGGGUAUGGACUUUAAGGCAGUAGGGAAGAUCUACUCUGGACUGUGUCAGUGCGGUGCCUGGGGAUGCUUUGAUGAGUUUAACCGUAUUGAUGUAUCUGUGUUGUCUGUCAUCUCAACACAGCUCAAAACCAUUCAGAAUGCUCUCAUCCUCAAGCUCAAAAGAUUUCAUUUUGAAGGCCAGGAAAUCAGUUUGGAUUUGCGUGUGGGUAUCUUCAUCACUAUGAACCCUGGAUACGCAGGGCGCACAGAGUUACCCGAGUCUGUCAAAGCACUCUUUAGACCUGUAGUGGUAAUUGUGCCAGAUCUGCAACAGAUUUGUGAGAUCAUGUUGUUCUCUGAGGGUUUCCUGACUGCUAAAGUUCUGGCCAAGAAAAUGACAGUGUUGUACAAAUUGGCCAAAGAACAACUGUCUAAACAGUACCAUUAUGACUUUGGUCUUAGAGCUCUGAAGUCUGUCUUGGUCAUGGCUGGUGACUUGAAACGAGGCUCUCCUGACCUGCCAGAGGAUGUGGUGCUGAUGAGAGCUUUGAGAGACAUGAACCUGCCCAAAUUUGUGUUUGAGGAUGUGCCUUUGUUCCUGGGGCUCAUCGGGGAUCUGUUCCCUGGCCUGGAUUGUCCCAGAGUCAGGUACCCCAACUUUAACGAUGCUGUGGAGGCAGUGCUGGAGGACAAUGGAUACAAAAUGCUGGAUGUCCAGGUGGACAAAGUGGUCCAGUUGUAUGAGACCAUGAUGACCCGUCAUACCACUAUGGUGGUAGGACCCACUGGAGGAGGAAAGUCAGUGGUCAUCAACACCCUGUCUCAGGCUCAGACCAAAUUGGGAGUUCCCACCAAAUUGUUUGUGAUCAAUCCCAAGGACCGAUCAGUGAUUGAUCUGUACGGUAUCCUGGACCCAGUGACCCGUGACUGGACCGAUGGACUCCUCUCAAAUAUAUUCAGAGACAUUAACAAACCCACAGAUAAAAAUGAGAGAAAGUACAUUGUGUAUGAUGGUGAUGUUGAUGCAUUGUGGGUAGAAAACAUGAACUCUGUCAUGGAUGACAAUAAACUUUUGACCCUGGCCAAUGGUGAAAGAAUUCGUCUACAGAAGCACUGUGCUAUGUUGUUUGAGGUGUUUGAUCUGCAAUAUGCAUCACCUGCCACUGUAUCCAGGUGUGGUAUGGUAUAUGUUGACCCCAAGAACUUGGGAUAUGACCCGUUCUGGUAUAAGUAUGUCAACUCCCGGCAGAACAAACAGGAGAGAGAUGACCUCAACAGACUGUAUGAGAAAUACGUCACUUCUCUGAUCGACAUGGUCAUUGAAGGAAUUCUGGAUGGUCGUCAAGGAGACAAAAUGAAAACCAUUGUCCCACUCACAAAUCUUAACCUGAUAACACAACUUGCUGCCAUGUUAGAUUCCCUCCUGGUCAAAGAGGUGGCUGAACCAGAUGAGCUGGAGGCCUUUUUCUUACAAGCCCUGUACUGGUCAAUCGGAGCUGCUCUUCUAGAGGAUGGUAGAAUCAAGUUUGAUGCUCAGAUCAAAAACUUGGCAGCCAUGAGCACUGCCAGUGAUGAUGAGAAGAAUUUUGCCAAAGCAGGGGAACUUCCAAGUGCCUUACCAACUUUGUACGAGUAUUUCUAUGACGGAGAACUCAAACAAUGGGUGCCAUGGAGCAAGAAAGUGCCAAAGUACGUUCAUGACCCAGAGAGAAAGUUCAACGAGAUCUUGGUCCCGACGGUGGAUACAGUGCGGGCCACUUGGCUCCUGGAGCUGAUGGUGGGCAUCAAGCAUCCAGUGGUACUGGUGGGGGAGACUGGUACCUCCAAGACCGCUACCACCGCCAACUUCCUCAGGACUCUCAGUACAGAAACACAUAUGCUGCUGAACAUGAACUUCUCCAGCAGAACCUCAUCACUGGACGUACAGAGAAAUCUGGAGGCCAAUGUGGAGAAGAGAACCAAAGACACGUACGGCCCUCCACCAGGCAGACGUCUGCUGAUCUUCAUUGACGACAUGAACAUGCCUCAGGUUGACAAGUAUGGAACCCAACAACCAAUUGCUUUGCUUAAGCUGUUGCUGGAGAGGGGUGGUAUGUAUGACCGUGGCAAGGAUCUCAACUGGAAGAACAUGAAGGACAUUGGCUACAUCGCUGCCAUGGGCAAAGCUGGUGGUGGCCGCAAUGAGACUGACCCACGAUUUGUUUCUCUCUUCUGUGUGUUUAACAUGACAUUCCCCUCAGAUGACGCUCUGUUCCUCAUCUACAAUUCUAUCCUGGCUGGACACACCCAACCAUUCCCAAAAGAAAUUCAGGACACAGUUCCGACUCUCACAAAGAUGACUAUGGCUUUGUACAGCUCAAUCGUAAACGAUCUCCCACCAACACCAUCCAAAUUCCAUUACAUCUUCAAUCUGCGAGAUCUGUCUAGAAUCUACCAUGGUAUGUGUCUCACCACACCCGACCGCUUCUCUAAGGUAGAAAACUUUGUCCGUGUGUGGAGAAACGAGUGCCUGAGAGUCAUUGGAGACAGGCUGAUCAGUGAUGUUGAUAAGGAAAUUGUCAAUAACAAAACAAAGGAACUGUUGGAGGAGAACUUCAAGCCAUAUGCAGAGAAUGCUAUGAGAAAUCCCAUCUUGUAUGGAGAUUACAGAACAGCCCUGGAGGAAUCUGAGCCCAGACUGUAUGAGGACAUCCAGGAUUAUGAUGCCUGCAAGGCACUCUUCCAAGAGAUUUUGGAGGAUUACAAUGAGGGUCACACUCCAAUGAAUCUGGUCCUGUUCGACGAUGCAUUGGAACACUUGACCCGCAUUCAUCGUGUGAUCAGGAUGGACCAGGGCCACGCCCUGCUGGUUGGUGUGGGUGGUAGUGGUAAACAGAGUCUGUGUAAACUGGCUUCGUAUGCUGCCGGUUGUGAUGUGUUUGAAAUCACUCUAAGCCGAGGCUAUGGUGAGAGCAGCUUCCGUGACGACCUGAAGAUCCUGUACAACAAGCUGGGAAUGGAGAACAAAAAAACCGUCUUCCUCUUCACAGAUCAGCAUGUAGCUGAAGAAGGUUUCUUGGAGCUGAUCAACAACAUGUUGACAUCAGGAAUGGUGCCAGCCUUGUAUGCUGAUGAUGAAAAGGAGUCUAUUGUUGGUUCGAUUCGUCAAGAGGCUACAGCUGCAGGUUGUCCUCAUAUUAAAGAAAUGAUCUGGCAGUACUUUGUUAACAAGUGUGCCAACAAUCUCCACAUUGUGCUGGCCAUGUCCCCAGUGGGAGAUGCCCUGAGAACAAGAUGCAGAAACUUCCCAGGAAUGGUGAACAAUGCCAAUAUUGACUGGUUCUUCCCCUGGCCAGAGCAGGCCUUGUAUGCUGUUGCUAGUGUGUUCAUUUCCCCAGAUAACCAGUUGAUUCCAGAGGACAAGCGACAGGAAGUGGUUAGCCAUAUUGUGAUGGUCCACCUGGAUGUGGUGAAGAGCAGCAAACUCUUCCAACAGCGUCUCCGUAGAAACAAUUAUGUCACUCCCAAAAACUACCUAGACUUCAUCAACUCCUACCUUAAACUCCUAGAAGAGAAGGACAAAUACAUUCUAGCCUUGUGUGAACGUCUACAAGGAGGUUUACAGAAGAUUGCUGAGGCCAGUGAACAGCUGGCUGUCCUCAAUGACAGACUGGCUGUACAAAAGGUGGCUGUGGCUGAGAAGUCUGAGGCUUGUGAGAUCAUGUUGGAGGAAAUCUCCACAGGUACUGUCCAGGCCACCGAGAAAAAGUCCCUGGCCGAGUCCAAAGGCAAGGAGAUAGAGGAGCAGAAUGUCGUCAUUGCUAAGGAGAAGGCAGAGGCUGAAGAGUCAUUAGCUGAGGCAUUGCCUGCCUUAGAGGCAGCCAGGCUGGCUUUAGAAGACUUGGACAAGGGAGAUGUCACAGAAAUCAGGUCCUUUGCCAAACCACCGCCAGAGGUACAGAGAGUGUGUGAAUGCAUUGUAGUAUUCAAGGGAAUCCGUGAAGUCUCCUGGAAAUCAGCCAAAGCAAUGAUGUCAGAAGCCAACUUCUUGAAGAGUCUUAUGGAAAUGGAUGUUGAUAGCAUCACUCAGAGGCAAACACAGGCUGUGAAAGGGUUGAUGAGCGACAAGAACUUGAACCUGACCUUGGAAGCCAUGAAGUCCAUCAGUAAAGCAGGCUCUGGGUUGCUUAAGUUUGUGGAGGCUGUGAUGGGUUAUUGUGUGGUGGCCAGAGAAAUCAAACCAAAGAGAGAAAAGGUGGCAAGGCUAGAGAAGAACUUCCACCAAGCUAAAAGAGAUUUGGAUAAGAUCACAAAUGAAAUCAACAAGCUGGAAAAUGAGUUAAAAGAACUUGGGAUGAAGUAUGAACAGGCUAUGUCAGAAAAACAGCAGCUGGAGGAAGAGGCAGCCAUUAUGGAACGCCGUUUGAUUGCUGCCGACAAACUUAUUUCAGGUUUAACAUCAGAAAACAAGAGAUGGCAGUUGGACUUGAAUGAUCUUAAACAGAAACGAAUCCGUCUGUUGGGAGACUGUCUAGUGAGUUCUGCUUUCCUGAGCUAUGUGGGAGCUUUUAGCUGGGAAUUCCGUAAUGAUAUGGUGUACAAGGACUGGGUGGAAGACUUACAUAAAAGGGAGGUCCCACUGAGUGAACCAUUUAAGCUGGAGGAACUACUGACCAAUGAAGUGGAAGUCAGCAAGUGGACAUCAGAAGGUCUCCCUCCUGAUGAGUUGUCAAUUCAGAACGGUAUCUUGACAACCAGGGCCAGCAGAUUCCCUAUGUGUAUUGAUCCACAGCAGCAAGCUCUGAACUGGAUAAAACGCAAAGAAGAGCAAAACAAUCUGAAGGUGUGCACAUUCAAUGAUCAUGACUUCUUGAAACAACUGGAGCUGGCUAUUAAGUAUGGUUUCCCAUUCUUGUUCAAAGAUGUGGAUGAAUACAUUGACCCAGUCAUAGACAAUGUACUGGAAAAGAACAUCAAAGGAGACAAAGGUCGAGAGUUCAUUCUGCUAGGAGACAAGGAGGUGGACUAUGACCCCAACUUCAGGCUCUAUCUGAAUACUAAGCUGGCCAAUCCAAAGUACUCCCCAAAUGUGUUUGGAAAAUCCAUGGUCAUCAACUAUACUGUCACACUCAAGGGUCUUGAGGAUCAGUUACUGAGUGUGAUAGUGAAGUUUGAGAGGCGAGAGUUGGAGGAGCAGAGAGAGCGCCUGAUCCAGGAGACCAGCACCAACAAGAAGCUCCUGAAGGACCUGGAGGACGCCCUGCUCCGAGAGCUGGCCCAGUCCCAGGGCAACAUGUUGGACAACAUGGAGCUGAUCCAAACACUGGAGGAAACCAAAACCAAGGCUACUGAGGUGUCUGAGAAAUUAAAGCUGGGAGCUAAGACAGCUAUUGACAUUGAUAAACUCCGAGAUGGCUACAGACCUGCAGCUCGGAGAGGAGCCAUUCUGUUCUUCAUUUUGGCUGACCUGUCCACCAUUAAUACCAUGUACCAGUACAGCUUGGAUGCCUACCUAGGGGUGUUCGAGCUCUCCCUGAAGAAGUCCAUGCCUGAUGCCAUUCUACAGAAGAGACUUAAAAAUAUCAUGGACACAUUGACACACAAUAUAUACAACUAUGGCUGCACAGGUAUCUUUGAGAAGCAUAAACUGUUGUUCUCCUUCCAAAUCACUAUUAAACUGGAACAAGAUCAAAGUCAUGUAACCCAAGAGGAGCUUGACUUCUAUAUCAAGGGUAACCUUGCAUUGGAGAAGAGUCGUCGUAAGUGUCCUUAUUCCUGGUUCCCUGAAGCUGGAUGGGAAGAUGCUAUUAGACUGGCAGAGGAAUUUCCAGACAAGUUCAGCUCAUUAAUUGAUGACAUUGAAAGACAUGAGAAAGUCUGGAAGAAGUGGUUUGAUUCUGACACCCCCGAGGCAGAUGCUUUCCCCCUGAAGUAUGAAGAAGGUCUGUCAGCUUUCCAAAGGUUGAUGCUGCUAAGAUGUAUUCGUGUGGACAGAAUCUACAGAGCUGUGGAGGAGUAUGUCACCAAAUGUAUGGGAGAGAAAUAUGUCAACCCUCCCAUCAUCAGCUUCGAGUCCAUCUUUGACCAAAGUACACCAGUGUCCCCCAUUGUGUUUAUAUUGAGCCCUGGUUCUGACCCUGCCAGUGACUUGAUGAAGCUGGCAGAGAGAAUUGAGUUUGGGUCCAACAAACUGAAGUUCCUUUCCAUGGGUCAAGGUCAGGAGAAGCUGGCCCUGCAGUACUUGGAGACGGCCAUUGCCCGUGGUCAGUGGCUUAUGUUACAGAACUGUCACUUGUUGGUCAAAUGGCUGCGAGAACUUGAGAAGGAGCUAGAAAAACUGACCAAACCCCAUCCUGAUUUCAGACUUUGGCUGACCACAGAACCCACUGACAGCUUCCCUAUUGGUAUUCUGCAGAGGUCACUCAAGGUUGUCACAGAACCCCCCAAUGGACUGAAACUGAACUUGAGAGGCACCUACCACAAGAUCUCGGCCCAGGCCCUGUCAGAGUGCCCCCACAAUGCUUUCUCGUCCUUGGUGUUCACUCUUGCCUUUUUCCACGCUGUGGUACAAGAGAGGAGGAAGUAUGGAAAGAUUGGAUGGAACAUUGCCUAUGACUUUAAUGAAUCUGACUUCAGGGUGUGCCAACAGAUUCUCAAUACUUACCUUACCAAGGCCUUUGAGCAAGGUGAUCCCAAGAUUCCAUGGGCUAGCUUGAAGUAUCUAAUUGGAGAGGUGAUGUACGGUGGUCGAGCCAUUGACGACUUUGACAGGAGAGUCCUGAGGACCUACAUGGAUGAGUACAUGGGAGACUUUAUCUUUGACACAUUCCAGCCCUUCCACUUCUAUCACAAUGAAGAAGUAGACUACAAAAUCCCAGAAGAUGGACCCAGAGAUAACUAUACUGAUUAUAUUGAGUCUUUGCCUCAUGCCAACACCCCUGAAGUCUUUGGUCUCCAUCCAAAUGCUGAGAUUGGAUACUACACCUCAGCAGCCAGGGACAUGUGGAGCCAUCUGGUGGAGCUCCAGCCCCAAACAGGGGAUUCUGGGUCAGGAAUCAGUCGGGAGGAGUUCAUCGGAAAGAUCGCCAAAGAUGUCCUGGCUAAAUUGCCUCCAGAGUAUGAGAUGGACAAAAUCAGAAAGAAGUAUGGUUUAGACAUUCCUCCCACCACCGUGGUGUUGUUACAGGAGCUGGAGAGGUUUAACAAUCUCAUCAUCAGGAUGAGGAGGUCACUCCAAACACUGCAAAAGGCUCUGGCAGGAGAAGUAGGUAUGAGCAGUGAGUUGGAUGAAGUGUCCCGAGCUCUGUUCAACGGUCAGAUUCCAGCCAUCUGGAGGAGACUGGCCCCUGCCACACUCAAGUCUCUGGGUAACUGGAUGAUCCACUUUGAGAGGAGACUCAGACAAUAUAAUGCUUGGGUGAAUGAGGGUGAGCCCCCUGUCAUGUGGCUCUCUGGACUCCACAUCCCAGAGUCUUACCUGACUGCUCUGGUACAGGCCACUUGUCGUAAGAAUGGCUGGCCACUGGACAAGUCCACUCUCUACACCUCAGUCACACAAUGGCAGAAUGCUGAUGAUGUCACAGAAAGAGCUCAUCAAGGUUGCUUCAUUGAUGGUCUGUACCUGGAGGGAGCUGCCUGGGACCGAGAGAACUGCUGCCUGAUCCGACAGUCCCCCAAACAGCUGAUCCAGGACCUCCCAGUCAUGAAGGUCAUCCCCAUUGAGGCCCACCGCCUCAAACUCCAGAACACAUUCAGGACCCCAGUGUACGUCACCUCGGAGAGGAGGAAUGCCAUGGGGGUAGGCCUGGUGUUUGAGGCUGACCUGGCCACUACAGAACAUCUCAGUCACUGGGUCUUGCAGGGAGUGUGUCUCAUCCUUAAUACUGAUUAAUCAGGACUCUGAUAUAGACAUUGAAAGAUCAAACAGACAGUGUACUUAGCCAAAAUGAAAAAUACACAACUCUCUGCUUCAUAAAACAAAAAGUGAAUAAAAAAGUAUUUGAAAAAAAAAUGUGUAAAUGAAUAUUAUUACGUAAGAGUGACUAUAAUUUUUGUACUUUGAAAUAUGGAGGAUGCUCAAAGCUGGAUGUGUAUUUAUCUACAUAUUUUGUUUAAAUCAUGUUCAGUGACUUCAUCAAUAUGAAUUCCGUCCAGUAUAUUGUUUAUAUUUUUUAACAGACUGUAACUUGUUUUUCACCCUGUUUAUACAGCUGUGAUAAUCUCCAAACCGUCCAGAUUGAUUUAGUAUAUGUUUAAUGUCAUUUAUUUAUACAGUAUAGGUACUUUUAAAAAAAAAAGAUUAUUCAUUGUUUUGCUUUAAUAUUUGUUAUUGUUUACAUUUGAACAAACUUUUACAAGAUUUGUUUUUUGAAAUGAAAUAAAAUCUUAAAAAAUAAA